AGUGAGGAGCGUGAGAUUUCAAUACAUAUUUAUUUAUCCUUACCAAACAGAACUGAUCUGCACAUGAGCAUUUUCCGUUUCUAAUUUCCGUUUUUACAUUUAUUACACUUGAGUCAAUUUCCGUUAUUGCACCUAUUACACUUUGCAUAUAUAAUAUUAUCAAUUUGAAAAUACAAAUACCUACAUGCAAUCUUUAUUAAAAUACACAUUCUGAUAUCACUUAAACACUAAUUAAUUACAUUAGUAAGGACAAGAAAGUUUUGGUUAACAAUAUAACAUAAAUAUUUAACCAAUUAGUUACAUUAUUUUAAAGUUGGAGAUUUAGGUAUUUCAUUUUGCAUUUAUUAAAAUUUUAUCGUAAAUACAUUAGUAACUUGUUUACUAAAUUCAAUUCAAAAUGGCUCACAGUGCAGAUGAGUUCAGUACUAAAAACCUGAAAGAUUUGGUUACGAAGCGCAGCUCUAUUAAGGGUCAAAUUACUAAAUUUAAAAAUUAUCUUGAAAGGGUAACAAACCAAGAACAUUUGUCUAGCAUUGAAGUGACCGAGCUUACGCUUAAGUUAACCAAGUUUGAAGGAUUAGUAUCAAAGUUUGACGAUAUACAAACUCAAAUAGAGAUAACUAACUCUGAUAAUAUAGAUUUAGAAAUUGAAGAACGUUCUAGAAUAGAUGAGGAUAUGAUUGUCACCAUUGCCACAGCAAAGACCUUUCUUGAGGAUUUAAAUCAUGAGCACCAAUUGCAGAGACGGGAAUCCAUGGUCGUCAAUAACUCUCAGCCAAAUACUAGUCAUCAGCCAGAGCUAGGUGUAAAGUUGCCCAAAAUUGAAAUACCAAAAUUCAAUGGCGAUUACUUUCAUUGGUUAGGAUUCCGGGAUACCUAUCUCGCAUUAAUUCACCACAAUGAGCGGUUAUCAGCAAUACAAAAGUUCCGUUAUCUGACGUCAUAUUUAACAGGUGAUGCUGCUCGCAUUAUUUCUAACUUAGAGGUGUCUUGUGCUAACUAUAAUGAAGCAUGGCGAUUAAUUUGCGCUCGGUAUGACAAUAAAAGAUUAUUAAUUAAUCACCACUUAAAGGCAAUUCAUGAUGUAAAACCAAUUACGCGCGAAAAUGAAAGCGAUUUGCGUUACUUAGUCGAUCAUAUCACAAAAAAUCUAAGAGCUUUGUCUAGUUUAGGACAACCGACUGAUAAAUGGGACACGUUGAUAAUAUUUAAUCUCCUUUCUAAAUUAGACAGCAAUACUUUGAUGAAGUGGGAAGAAUUACGUAAUGAUCAAGACGACUUCCCAUCAUUAAUUCAAUUCAACAAAUUCUUAAUAAAUAGAGCAGAUAUACUCCAAGCAUUGAAUCGUAAUAAAACAAGCAUUCAACAAAAAGAAAUCACAUUUCAUAGGGAAACAAUGUACAAAAAUAAAUAUAGUCGGAAUCAGAACACAAAAUCAUUUGCUGCCACUACUCAAAACAAAACAAACGUAUUUUUGUGCAUAGUUUGUAACGAAAAUCACCGAAUAUACGAUUGCCCCAUUUUUAAAGAAAAAGGUGUAGAUGAUAGGCUUAAGGAAGUGGAAAAAUAUAAACUUUGCUUAAACUGUUUGAGACAAGGACAUCCCACUAGUGACUGUCGCAUGGGUCCUUGUCGCGUGGGAGAUUGUAAGCUUAGGCAUAAUAGCUUGCUUCACAAGCCAUCCAAUGCAGCAAAUACGAGUAGUUAUGUUGCGUCUGAGGAGCAGCAAACAGCACAAAUAUCACUUUGCUCUUCACAAACAUUCAAUCAAGUGCUCCUUUCGACGGCUAUGAUAGAUGUGAUUAAUCCAAAAACAAAUGAAUGUCUUCGCGUACGUGCUCUGCUAGAUAGUGGAAGUCAAUCUUCAUUUAUCAGUCAGUCCUUAAAAUCAAAAUUGUCAUUGGAAUCCAGUCCCGUGAACUUAAAUGUCCUUGGGAUUGGUAACAACAACAAAAAUAAAGUGUUGGAGAGCUGUACAGCUCAACUAAACUCCAUCCAAACUUCAUUCAACUUAUUGUUGAAUUGCUUUGUUCUAGAGCAAUUAACGGGAGAAUUGCCAAAGUCUCCCAUAGACAGAACACAGCUCACAAUACCAAGUAACAUAAAUUUAGCUGACCCUACAUUUGAUCAACCAGGUCCAAUCGAUAUACUUAUCGGUGCUGACUGCUUUUGGGACGUCAUAGGAGAUGAGCGAAAGUCUCUAGGUCCUAAUAAGCCAAAAUUGCAUAGUUCUAAAUUCGGUUGGUUGAUAGCAGGUCCUAUAAACAACACUAAAGUUGAUAUAAUACAUUCAAAUCAUGCCAUUGUAACCUCAAUGGAUGAAAAUACCAACAUCAAUGAAAUGUUGACGAGAUUCUGGCAACUUGAAGACAUUCCCUCUAAACUAUCACCAAAAGAUAGUGAAUGCGAAAAACAUUUUAAAGAAAAUACAGUUAGAUUAGAUACGGGCAGGUUCUGCGUAAAGCUGCCACUAAAGGACAAUGCAGACUGCCUCGGUAAUUCAUAUAACCUAGCUAAAAAACGAUUAUUAAAUUUAGAAAAAAGAUUCCGAAAAAAUCCUGAUCUCAAAUCACAAUAUUCAAAAUUCAUAAAUGAAUAUGCUGAACUUGGCCACUUAACUAAAACUGACUAUCAAGGUUAUCCAAAUUCACCACAUUAUUAUUUGUGUCAUCACGCGGUGUUUAAAGAAAACAGUGAAUCAUCCCAAAUCCGUGUUGUGUUCGAUGGUUCAGCCCCCUCUACUUCCGGGUUCUCUGUGAAUGACCUAAUGAGAGUUGGCCCAAAUGUCCAGGACUCUCUUUUCUCUAUAUUGAUUCGUGCUCGUCAAUAUAAAUACCUCCUAACUGGUGAUAUUGAAAAAAUGUAUCGCCAAGUUGAAGUCAACAGCGAUGAUAGGGACUUGCAGUUGAUACUAUGGAGAGAAGAUGAGUCCAAGCCAAUUCACACUCUGCGACUGAAUACUCUUACUUACGGAACUGCAAGUGCCAGCUACCUAAGCACAAGAUGUCUUCGACAGGUGGGGGAGGACUGCGAUGAUCCUCGUAUCGGCACAAUCAUUAAAGGCGAUUUCUAUGUCGAUGAUUUAAUCACUGGUGCUAAUGAUGAAACAGAACUACGGUCAAUUCGAAAGGCUAUAUCUGAAGCACUAGAGUCAUACUGUUUUAAACUUAGAAAAUUCAAAUCAAAUUCACUGAGUGUCAUUGAUGAUUUAAAUGUAGAUAACCAACAUAAUUUAACACUGAGCGAAUCAUCGAGCACACUCGGGCUAGGUUGGAGUCCUAAUAAUGAUAUUUUGCAUUUUCCAGUAAAAAUUCCAUCACCAGAUUCUCAGAUAACUAAAAGGUACAUAAUGUCAAGCUCAUUUAAAAUAUUUGACCCAUUAGGUCUAUUGAGCCCUUCGACCAUUCAACCAAAAAUGAUUCUACAAUUUCUGUGGAAGGCUGAAGUCGACUGGGAUGAAUCAGUUAAUCCAGAAAUUUCUAAAAUGUGGCUAGAGUUUGCUAACAAUUUACAUGCAAUUUCAAACUUACAAAUUCCUAGACAUGUCAUUUGCGAUAACGUAAUUGAUAUUGAAAUGCAUUCUUUCAGUGAUGCUUCUACAAAGGCAUACGGAGCUUGCAUUUACAUGCGCACCCGAAAUUCCUCAAAUGAAUUCAGUGUAAGAUUGUUAUGUGCAAAGUCUAAAGUUGCACCUACAAAACCUACCACCGUUCCGCGUUUAGAGCUUUGCGCAGCUCUGCUUUCUGCAAAACUAUCAAAAUCGGUAAUUGAUUCUCUUAGAGACAAACCAACACGCAUUGUCUAUUGGUGUGAUUCAAGUAUUGUAUUAGCAUGGCUCAAAAGUGAUGCCAGUAAACUAAAAACAUUUGUAGCCAAUCGAAUAGGCCAAAUUAUGGAACUGACACCAGAUUCAACUUGGCGUUACGUUCCAACUAAAGAAAAUCCCGCAGAUCUCGUAUCAAGAGGAGUUAACCCCAGUAAGCUAACUAAUUUAGAAUUAUGGUGGAUGGGACCUGGCUACUUGCGUCUUGAUGAAUCCCAAUGGCCAACAUUAAAUCCCCAAAUCCCCCUUGACUUACCUGAAGUUAAGACAAAUGCAUUCGUAAGCACUGCUCCAACUGUUAGUGCAUUUGCAACAAUUGAUACAACCGAUAUUUCUAAUGUAAUAAAUAUAGAAAAUUUCUCAAAUUUAACUCGCUUGAAGAGAGUAACAGCAUAUUUUUUGCGCUUUAUAAAUAAUGCAAGAGCAUCAAACAAAAAAAUAUCUGGUUUUUUGACCACCGAUGAGUUAAAUAAUGCUUUUUAUUACCUUUGUGCUGCUGCCCAAAGGCAAUCAUUCCCUAAAGAGUAUGAACAAUUGAUCUCAAAUAAACCAUUGAGCAAUAAAUCCAACAUGUUGGCUUUGUCUCCAUUUUUAGAUAAUGGUGUAAUAAGAGCAGGAGGUCGAAUUGAAGCCUCAUGUUAUUCAUAUGACAAAAAACAUCCCAUCAUCUUGGAUUCAUCACAUUAUUUAACUAAACUUGUUUUUGAAUUAGAACAUUUAAGAAAACUACAUGCUGGUCCUCAGCUGCUGCUGUCAAUUGUCAGAGAUAAUAUAUGGCCUAUAAAUGGACGAAAACUAGCACGUCGUACAGUUCGAAACUGUGUUCGAUGUAGGCGUGUUGAAGGUAAAACUUUAGCUCCUAAAAUGGGUAAUCUUCCACCCCAAAGGCUAAAUCCAGACUUUCCAUUUCUGUCAGUAGGAACAGAUUUUGCUGGACCUUUUUAUAUUGUAAACCGUAAGGGUAGAGGUUCAAAAUUGAUCAAAUGCUAUAUGUGUUUAUUUGUAUGUUUGCGCUACAAAUGCAUACAUUUAGAAGCUGUUAGCGACUUGUCCAUGGAUUCCUUCUUGAUGUCUUUUAAAAGAUUUAUCUGUCGUCGCGGUAAACCUAUUGAAGUCUUCUGUGACAAUGGCGGUAAUUUUGUUGCCGCAUCCAAAGAAAUUAAUGACUUAUUCAAAAAUGACAAGCAAUCUUUAUUUGAUUUUGCAUCUCAGGAAGGAAUCAAAUUUAAAUUCUCACCUCCUUACGCACCUCACUUCGGCGGUAUCUUCGAAGCCGGAGUCAAAUCUGCUAAAUUUCACUUAAAACGAGUAAUGGGAAAUGCUCACCUAACAUUUGGAGAAUUAAGUACAUUGUUUGCACAGGUGGAAGCAAUUCUCAAUAGUCGUCCCUUGUGCCCUUUGUCUUCAUCCCCUGACCUCCUUUCUCUCACCCCAGGGCACUUUCUGAUCGGAAGAGCGCUAGUGGCGCUGCCAUCACCUGACUUGGAAGACUACAAUGAGAAUCGAUUGCGAAGAUACGCUCGAUUGGAACAAAUACGCCAGCACUUCUGGCGCAGAUGGCAAAGAGAAUAUAUAUCAGAACUACAGAUACGAAAGAAAUGGAAAACUGACAAGGCAAAGCUAAAGAUAGGUGACCUUGUCAUUCUACAAGAAGAUCAUUCACCUCCACUGUACUGGCGUCUUGGUCGUGUGACUCAGCUGUUUCCUGGACCAGACGGCAUAUCCCGUGUUGCUGAAGUGAACACUGCCCGAGGACUCGUGCGACGCGCUCUUGUACGACUUUGCCCUCUUCCAGCAGCAGAAGACGAAGAAGAAGAAGAAGAAUCGUGAAAUCCAGGGAUUCCACCCCGGGGAAGAUGUUCACGCGCCUUAGCUUAGUUGCAUAGCAAUGUUUUAUUUUGUAUACUUGGUAGUGUUUUGUUUAUUAGGAGCUGUCAGUGUAGGGUAUCAAAUUCAUUGAGUUGCAAAUGUCAAAUUAAUAUUUAAUUGUCACUUUUUCUCUUGAGCAAGCUGCAAACACAUUGUUAAAAACUACAGAAAUUAAACUAAAUUCAAUAAAUAAAUAUGUGGGGACAUCUCACACACGGCCAUCCGACCCCAAGCUAGGCAGUACCUGUGUUAUGGGUGUCGG